AUGUCAGGUUCAAACUUACCACCAAAGAUCCUUCUGAGCGGCGCAACCGGCUAUGUUGGCGGUUCCGUACUCCACCACCUCCUCAAACACCCUUCCCUCACUUCCAUCAUUACCUCUUCCUCUCCAAUCACGUUACUAGUCCGCGGCGGUCUAGACCGCGCAGCAAAGCUUACGGACUCAUACGGAUCACUUGUGAAGCCUGUGUCCAUCGUCUCUUACGACGACACCUUGGCCCUGACAGCCCUUGCCUCCGAGCAUGACAUCGUGAUCAACGCAGGCUCAGGUUUCCAUCCGCCCUCGGCAGAGGCCUUCGUUCACGGUCUCGCUAAACGCAAGGAUCGGAACGGAGGACAACCGGUCUGGAUCAUUCACACGUCGGGCGCAUCCAAUAUCGCGGACAAGCCCUUGACUGGAGUGAACAGGCCUGAUGCUGAAUACGAAGACGCCGUUGCCGAGAAGGUGUAUGAGUUUGAAGAAGCCGAAGACGCAAAAGAUCCGUAUCCUCAACGGACCGCAGAAACUAGCUUCAGUAUUCAGUCACCAUGCAUCUUCGGGCCCGGAUCGGGGCUCUUCAACAAGGCGGGCUUGAUGAUUCCCAUAAUGACGGGCUACGUGCUCGAAAACGGCUGUGGAUUGACUUUGGGCGAUAAGACGGGCUGUAUCGACUACGUUCACGUCUCCGACCUCGCGGACCUCUACGUUCUGUGUGUCCUAGACAUCAUCGAGCGUGGCGGGGCCAAUGUUCCCAAGGGCAAGAAGGGGAUCAUGUUUCCGACCGUGGGGAGGACGUUGACGAUUGAUAUUCCGCGAAAGUGUCUCGACAUCGCGUUUGCCACUGGGAAUCUUCCCAAGAAAGGAGGGCCGCAGGAGAAGAUUGUGAGGAACGUCAGCCUUGCGGAGGCGGCGGAGACGUGUGCUGGGAAUAUGGAUGUUGCUGAGACUGGGUAUGCUGGGCAUCGCAAGACAAAGGGGACUGUGGCAAGGGAGAAGUUGGGAUGGAAGCCUGUUUAUGGAGAGGAAGCUUGGUGCAAAGACUUUGAGACGGAGUUGAGGGCUGCCUUGAAUGGGCAGAGACCGCACACGAUGGGGAACUGUAUCGCUGGCACGAAGUGA